AUGCCAGGUUUAGAUAGGGAAUUAGUGGAGCAGAAGCAGCCAAUAAAAGAGGGAUACCUUCCAGUCAAACAGGCCAGAAGAAGAAUGUUCAUGGACACAGAACUGAAGGUCAAAGAAGAAAUAGAAAGGUUGCUCAAAGCAGGAUUCAUCAGACUAGUCAUCUAUGCUGAUUGGCUAGCUAAUAUUGUACCAGUUCUGAAAAGAAAAACUGGGGCAGUCAGAAUCUGUGUGGAUUACAGAAAUCUAAAUGAAGCUUCUCCCAAGGAUGAGUACCCUAUGCCAAUGGCAGACAUGCUAGUAGAUGGAGCUGCUCACAACCAGAUGCUAUCUUUUAUGGAUGGCAAUGCAGGUUACAAUCAAAUCAUGGUGGCAGAAGGAGACAUCCACAAGACAGCCUUCAUGUGUCCAGGACAUAUAGGUGCUUUUGAGUACACUCACCAACAAGCUUUUGAGGAAAUCAAGCAUUACCUCUCAAAUCCACUAGUUCUGUCCCCACCAAAGAGAGGCAGACCACUCAAGCUCUAUGUAUCUGCAUCAGAAGUAUCCAUUGGGAGUUUGUUGGUUCAAGAUAACAAAGAAGGGAAGGAACAGGCAGUCUACUACUUGAGCAGAACUCUGACAGAGGUGGAAAGAAAAUAUUCUGCAAUUGAAAGACUUUGCAUAGCCUUGUACUUCACUGCUGUGAAACUCAUACACUACAUGCUGCCAUACACCAUCUACAUCAUUGUCAAGACAGAUCUGAUUAAGUACAUGCUAACUAGGCCAAUGUUGAGAGGCAGAAUUGGAAAAUGGACCUUGGCCUUGACAGAAUUUGCCCUCAGGUAUGUUCCUCAGAAAGCUGUCAAGGGACAAGCUGUGGCAGACUUCCUAGCAGAUCAUCCUGGAGAGGAGAUUGAGAACAUGGACUCUUUGGACAUAGCAAAUGCAGAUAUGUUAACUAGAGCUCACACUUGCUUUAACAAUCCUAUUUAUUCAGUUCAUCUCACACCUUGGAAGCUGUAUUUUGAUGGAUCAAAAACUGAUAUAGCUUCUGGGGCAGGGAUUGUUUUGGAAGAACCACUUGGAAUCAGACACUGUUAUUCUUUCCAGUGCACCAACAACAGGGCAGAAUAUGAAGCUCUAAUCAUAGGAUUAGAAAUGCUGGUGGAACUAGGAAUCCAAUCUGUAGAAAUCCCAGGAGAUUCAAUGCUUGUAUUAAAACAGAUUGCUGGGGAAUCCAAGUGUCUUAGUCCUUCUCUAGCUGUAUAUCUAGUGGCAGCUAGGAAUCUUCUGACAGAAUUUAGAGAAGCUACUUGGGAACGCAUCCCAAGGGAGGAAAACUGUGCAGCCAAUGAACUGGCCCAAGUAGCAACAGGUAUACAAAUACCUGAAGACUGUGUACAGAGGAUCAUCAAGGUGGGAAAGAAAAGCCUGCCAUCAGUUCUGACUAGGGGGAUGGAGAUAGAUGUCAAUUCUGUCAUAAUCAUUGAAGAUGAUUGGAGAAAGCCUAUCAUAACCUAUUUGCAAUAUCCAACCUUACCUUAUGAAAAAAGAGUCAGAAUCAUGGCUUUGAACUAUCUUAUGUGGAAUGAAGAUUUGGUUCGAAAAAGUAAGGAUGAGGUGCUUUUAAGGUGCCUCGGAAAUAAAGAAUACAUGAAAGUCAUGGGGGAAACUCAUGAAGGAAUCUGUGGAGCCCAUCAAGGUGGGAGGAAAAUGUGCUGGUUAAUUAGAAGGUAUGGCUACUUCUGGCCAAUCAUGAUGAAAGAUUGCAUUGACUAUUCCAAGGGGUGUGAGUCUUGUCAAAGACACGGCCCAAUCUAG